AUGAUAGCCUCCGAGCCGUGGGUCCAUCUGGCCCCAGUCAGCCCGAACAGAACCAAAACAACCCCCUCCCCACCCGGGGUAAAGCUAAAGCAAAGUGGUGGCGGCCAGAUCCAACUGUGGCAGUUCCUCCUCGAACUCCUAGCCGACUCGGCCAACUCGGAAUGUAUCAUCUGGGAAGGCGUCCAUGGCGAGUUCCGCAUCAAGGACCCGGAUGAGCUCGCUAGACGAUGGGGUGCAAGAAAGAACAAACCGGCAAUGACCUACGACAAACUUAGCCGAGCGCUGCGGUAUUACUACGACAAGCAGAUACUCAUCAAGAUCCCGGGGAAGAGAUACUCGUAUAAAUUCUUAUGGAAAAGUUUAGUCGCGUACAAUCAAAACUAUUUGCCACCAUUCCCCAUGCCGCCUGCGCAAACUUGGCCGUACGAUUCCAGAUUACCUAGCCAAUCAUUCAACCCAAUGACGUCACAUGCCCAGCAGGCGCAACUUCAAGCACACUUCGGACAAUUUCUCAUGGAGAACAGUGCCUGUCGUUUUGCAAAUAGCGUCCCUCCAUUUCGCAUUCCACAACAGCCAAAACUCCCUGGAUGCCCCACUCAGGAAUUACCACCAUUUUCUCCAACAGUUGCCGACCCGUCGCCAUGUCGGUACGCCACAACGUCACUUCCUACGCAGGCGCAGACAAGCCACCCGCUCUCGUUCUGGGACUAUCAUUCACAAAAUCACGCACUCAGGAACUUAGGACACUUGCAACUUUCACCGCCAAAACUAUCGCAGAAUCUUUAUUCACCGAGCUACACGCCGCAUUUCUCACCAGGAUCUAGAUUUUGA